AUGUGGACUCCAAAAGUACAAAAAUUAGGUCCUCCAAAACAUAUCAAACCUCCUGCAUAUCAUCCAACUUUAGAAAUGUUGGAAACUCAAGCUAACAAGAUUUGUAUUCAAGAUUAUGAUCAAGAAAUUACAAAUUUCCUUUCAUUAGUGGAGAAUAAUUCAAUAAUCAAUUGUUCAAUGAUUGAUCUACAACCUGAAAUCCAAUGGUAUAUGAGACCUUACCUUUUAGAUUUCAUUAUUGAGAUUCAUCAAUCUUUUAGAUUACAUCCUCAAACUUUAUUUCUAGCAAUUAAUAUCAUUGAUAAAUAUUGUUCCAAAAGAGUUGUUUUCAAAAGACAUUAUCAAUUAGUUGGUUGUACUGCUUUAUGGUUAGCUGCUAAAUAUGAAGAUAAAAAAUCAAGAGUUCCAACUUUAAAAGAAUUAACUAUAAUGUGUCGAAAUGUUUAUGACCAGGAAAUGUUUGUUCAAAUGGAAAGACAUAUUUUAUCAACUUUAGAUUGGUGUUUACUUCAUACUUCUUUAGAAGAUUGUUUACAAAUAAGUUUGAAAAAUUCAAAAAAAUUUAUAACUUCAACUCCAAAGAAAUAUUUGAACAAUAAAUUCAUUUCAUCAAAUGAUCAAUUAUCUAAAAUAACAACAUUAACAAGAUUUUUAUGUGAAAUAUCAUUAUAUGAAAGAAAUUAUUUACAAUUCCCACCUUCUUUAAUUGCAAUAACUUGUCAUUUAUUAGCAAGUAAUAUAAUGGAUUCAAAUUCUGCAUUAGAAGCUUUGAAAAAAUCUAUAAAUGAAUAUUUAUCAAAUGAAUUAAGUGAUGAUGAAACUUUUGAUGAAAAUUUAGAAAAUUCUUAUCCAAAUAUUAUAAAACCAUUUUUAUCAGGUUUUACAGAUGAUACUAUAGUUCAAAUUCGUCAAAUUUCAUUAUUAUUGAUAAAUUCUUUUACAAAUUUAUCACAAGCUUUAUUAAAUAAAUAUAAA